AUGGUGGACAGAGCCUUGGGUCCUCAGGCGGCUCGCACUGAUGCAGCCCAUCUGUUCUCAGACAGAGCUGACUCAUCACUCCCCUGUUCACCGCUUCUGCCUUCACACCCCCUUCAUACCCCCCUCCUCCACUCUUGUUAUGAAGACGUCAACGCCGCAUCUCCUGCUGGACACGCAUCACUCAUCCGCACGCACCGCCGGGUCACAGGUCCCUGCUCUCCGCCUCGUCCUCGCACCCCCGCUCGUCUCUCUGUGCCUGAGCCGGUGUUUGGUUCCCGGAGGUGA